AUGGAAGAAAGUGAAGAUGCAGUAGUGGAGAGUCAAAUUAUCAUGACUGAGCCUCAAGCUAAGGAUCAACAUCAAGAUGAUAAUGAAUCUACUCAAUAUAGUGGGGUUGAAUUGGAAAGCAGGGAAGAUUAUACAGAUCAAUUCACGCCAAGCGGGGUCUUUGAAAGUAAAGAUGCAGUUAUUGAGUGGGUUCGUGCUGUUGGAAAAAAGAACAAUAUAGUGAUUAUCAUUCGGAGGUCUGAUUCAGGAAUUGUUGGUAAUAAAAAAAAAAGACCAAAGAUAAAGUUUUGUUGUGAGCGUGGCGGUGACUACAGGCGUGUUUUAAAGUUUGAUGCUCAAAAGUCUUAUGCAAAGAGUCAGAAACAAACUGAUGGAGACGGUCAAAAGAAAAAGCGUCCUAAGGCUAGUGGUACUAAGAAAUGUGGGUGUCCAUUCGCAUUGAGGGGGAUUAACACUGUUGGGAAUGAAUGGACAUUGGAGGUUAUAUGUGGUGUACAUAACCAUCCUCCUUCUCAAUCCCUUCACGGUCACUCAUAUGCCGGACGCUUAUCUAAGGAAGAAUAUGCAAUGUUAGUGGAUAUGUCAACUAGUUUGAUGAGACCCAAGGAUAUUCUGACUGCUCUUAAGAAACGGGAUAAAGAAAACGUAACAAUUAUGAAGACAAUAUAUAAUGCCAGAAGAGUACAUCGGACGAAGGUUAUGGCUGGGAGAUCACAAAUGCAAUGUUUGCUACAUAAGUUGAGGGAACACAAUUAUAUUGAGCAUCACAGGAGUGAAGGUGAUAUUAUCACUGACUUGUUUUGGUGUCAUCCUUAUUGUCUUCAAAUUUUACGUACAUUUCCACAUGUUCUUAUCAUGGACUGCACGUACAAGACAAAUAGAUAUUGUUUUCCUCUAUUCGAGAUUGUCGGGGUGACAUCUACCGAGAAGACCUUUAAUGUUGCAUUUGUUUAUAUGUCAAGAGAGGCGGAAGACAAUUACACAUGGGCUUUGAGUAGGUUGAAAACUCUUUUGCAUGAUGACUGUACUCCAGGUGUUAUUGUGACUGAUCGAGAAUUAGCACUAAUGAAUAGCAUUAGAGAAUUAUUUCCGAGUUCUCGACAUCUCUUGUGUAAAUGGCAUAUCAAUAAGAACGUGAUGAAAGAGUGUAAGAAAAAGUUUACAACUAAAGAAGGGUGGGAUGCAUUUAAUGGUGCUUGGAACACUGUUGUUAGUUCUACAACUGAGGGUGAGUAUUGGAAAAAUCUCAAGGAAUUGGAGUCUAAGUUUAGUACAUAUCCCAAUGAACUUCAGUAUGUGAAGAGCAAUUGGUUGGACAACUACAAAGAACGAUUUGUGGUUGCAUGGACAAAUACUUGCAUGCACAUUGGUACCACUACUUCAAAUCGGGUGGAAAGUGCACAUUCAAAGCUAAAGAAGCAACUUAGUUCUAGCCAGUUGGACUUCAAUAUUUCAUGGGAUAAUAUACAUUCAUUGAUGGAGUUGCAUCAUACUGAUAUCAAGGCAUCUUUUGAGAAGAGCCGAUGUUUCCUGCAACAUGAUUUCAAGCAUGAUUAUUUGAAGGAAUUGAUAAGUUAUGUAUCAAUUACAGCUUUGAACAAAAUAGUGUGUGAAGCUAAUAGGGCUGACAAUAUUAAAGACUUGGCAUGUUGUAGUUGUACUAUACGUGUUACGCAUGGUUUGCCAUGUGCACAUGAGAUUGCUGAGUACAAACGCUCUAAUACGCCAAUUCCUAUUGAUGCGGUUCACAGGCAUUGGAGACAGUUGGGUGUCGAUCAACCCAUGCAUACUAGUGACACCGAAGAAAAGGUUCCAGUAAAGCAACAUAUGGUUCGAUUGGAGAAGUGGGUUGAAAAACAAAAUGAUGAAACUAGACGAGAAUUUUUGAUAAAAAUUGAUGAGCUGAUGAAUCCAGGUAGUACGUUCCUUAAAGAACCUGCAGAAAGAGUGAAGACAAAAGGGCGUCCACGUAAAAUUGACACUAGUACUCGUCGUUUGCCAUCCUCAUGGGAGAUUGAUAAUGUUCUUUCUAGUCAAGACAAAAACUCACUUUCACCUGCAGUUUAUGAAGUUGGUCAAGAUGUUCCUCAUGGUCCUAUUGUUCCUGUUCAUCCUACUACAGAAAAGAAACAACCAAAGGAUGUUCCGAAUAAAAUUCAGAGCCCAAAAGACUCUACAUUUGCACUUACAACCAAAUAUAAUUGCCAAUUCCGAGUUGGAAUUCAGCCAUAUAUUAUAGGAGCAUAUGAUGUUGAAUCUGAUGGCAAUUGUGGUUAUAGAGUUGUGGCUUCGGCAAUGGGAUUUGGUCGAAAAUCAUGGCGUCGAGUUCGUAGGGAUUUAUUGAAUGAGUUAGAUAGUAUGCCGCAAUUGUAUGAAAGUCUCUUUGGUACUAAAGAGGUUAAGAAGGUUAAGGAUGCCCUUAACCAUUAUAACUCUGGGAGUGCACCUAAAAGAUGUUGGAUGUAUUUCCCAGAAAUGGGGCAUUUGAUUGCAACUUGUUAUGGUGUGGUGGUGAUUGAUUUAUCAGAUGGGCAAUGCAUAACAUUUCUUCCUCUUGUGGAACACCAUAGUGGACAUUUCAGUAGCAAUGAGCUUCAAGAGAUUGGAAUUGGUCAUGUCAAUAGCAAUCACUUCGUACAUCUUAAAUUGUCUCCUGGACAUCCUUUGCCAAAAGUUAUACCAAAUUGGGAGAGGAAUGCAGACGCCAAAGUUAUACAUUUGUAUUCAAGAUACCAGAACCGUCUACAGCAAUACAAAGAAUGUUGUCCUAUUACUGUAGUUUCAGAGACUUUUACACUCGAUGAUUGA